AUGGAUCAAGAGGAAGUGCUGUGCGUGCCAGCUGUCCCAGAGAUGCCAGAGAGGGAUCUUCUCAGUGAGAUCUCUGCAGACGAUGAGAUCAUUAGUGAGAAUGAAGAGGACAGCCCUUCAGGAGAUGACCCUGAACAUGUAGAACAAUAUGAGACAUUACUGGAGAUAUUUGAAGAGAGUGUAUUCCAGAAAUGUGGCAAGGAAGAGGCCUACCAGAGACAGCACAUACUAAAAAUGCACAAGAGAGACUCCCUUGGGGAGACAAAGGAUAACAGUGUUCAUCUAGAAUUAGAUUUUGGAAAAUUUCACAGCAUCCUUGAUCAAGAAGAUUCUAUAGGGGAUGAUCUCUAUGAAUACAGUGAGUGUGAGGUAGUCUUCACUCAGAUGUCAGAUGUUUUGCAACAUGAAAUAUCCCAGAUAGGUGAGAAACCUCACAAAUGUACUGAAUGUAACAAAGGCUUUUGCUGGCAUUCUGAUUUACUUAAGCACCAGAGAACUCACACAGGUGAGAAGCCCUUCAUAUGCAGUGAGUGUGGAGAAAACUUCAGUGUGAGCUCCCACCUUACCACCCACAGAAGAAUACACACAGGAGAGAGACCCUACUGUUGCCCUGAUUGUGGGAAAGCCUUCAGCCGCAACUCCCACCUUAGAAACCACCAGCGAACCCACACUGGCGAAAGGCCUUUUGAAUGUAUGGCAUGCGGAAAAGCCUUCAGUGAUUCCUCAACGCUUGCUCAGCAUCAAAGAACCCACACAGGUGAGAAACCCUAUACUUGUUCCAGAUGUGGGAAAUGCUUCAGCCGGAGUUCUCACCUCAGCAGACACCAGAGAGUUCACACGGGAGAAAGAUCCUUUCUGUGUGCUGAGUGCGGGAAGAGCUUCCAAAAUAAGGUUCACCUCACCCAGCACUGUAAGCUGCACCUGAGAUGA